UGCUGCGACUUCAUCUGGGACGAGCGCCUGCCGCUGGCGAGGCUUCAGCGCGCCCGGCAGAAGCUGGAGGCGCAGUUGCUCGAGGCCAAGCCGUCAUGGCGUGAGCUCCGCGGGCCCGCGGCAGCUUCGUGGAUGUGCCUGCUGAGGAUCGGCUGGGCGAUGCACUGCAGCUUGCUGCAGGUCACCGACGAAGGCGAGAUACUGCAGUUGCUGCAGACGCCGCCCAACGACUUGGCCGUGGCGAAGGGCGCGCGGGCUGGGCAGUUGCGCGAGCUGCGGGCUGGGGCCUCCCGGGACGUGGUUAAGAGGUGCGCCGUGGGCUGCCUCGCCUCGGCGGUCUGUCCAUUCUGCCCAGGCGACGCGCCGUGCGCCAAGGGGCAUCCGUUCUAUGAGCGUCCGCGCAUCUUGACGCGAGGCGACAACGGGGACGGAGGGGAGUUGGAGGAGCUGCCUGAGAAGCUGCUCAAGCUGCGCGACAGGAUCAAGGAUGGCGCUGGGGUUGGCAUUGCCCACCAGGACCACGACCGCUUCGAGUCGGUGGUCGGCCUGCCGCUCCUCCCGCAGCUGGUCAGGGCGGCAGCGCUGGAGGCCGAGGCGCGCUGCUGGGGCGAUUGGGAGUCGCCGCUCAACUCACGCAGCGCGAUGGCCUACCACGACCGGUCCGGCUUCGACGCCGCGCGGCCGGAGCUUUGCCGCUGCGGAUGGGCCGCGGUGCAGCUGGGCGACCACGACAUGCUCGUCGGGGCGUUGUUUGGCGCGCUGCCUGGGCGGCGCCAGGCUUUCCGGCGGACGCUGCGCCCGACGCCGCGCGCCCCCCGCGCCGUCGCUGACUCGUCGGCCCUGGCCGCCGAGAUCGAGAGCCAGGGCCCUGAGCUGGCCAGCGCGCGGGGCCAGUGCGCUGAGAUCUGGCGCGGCGUAUUCGAUCAAAUGAACG